GCAGCCCGGCACACUACCAGCUGUGUUGGUUUUUUGUUUUCUUUCUGUAAAUUAUUACAAUUUUAGCAAAAACAAGUUAAAUUUAUCAGCGAAGACCCACAAAUCAAGCAAAAUGGAUCCAGCGCUGCUUCGCGAACGCGAGGCCUUCAAAAAACGGGCAAUGGCCACGCCCACCGUUGAGAAGAAAGCAAAGCCAGAUAGACCUCAGCCACCGCCGCCCAGUGAUGACGCCAAAAGGAAAAUGCGUCCGCCAACAGCUCCAAAGCUGGACUCAUCUUCGUACAAAACCAUGUCUGGCAGCUCGCAGUACCGCUUUGGAGUGUUGGCCAAGAUAGUGAAGUUUAUGCGCACCCGUCACCAGGACGGUGAUGAUCAUCCGCUGCAGAUUGAGGAAAUUCUUGACGAGACCAACCAACUGGAUAUUGGCCAAUCUGUUAAAAAUUGGCUGUCUGGCGAAGCGCUAAACAACAACCCAAAGAUUGAAGUCAGCCCGUGUGGCACAAAGUUUAGCUUCAAGCCCGUCUACAAAAUCAAGGAUGGCAAAACUCUGAUGCGACUGCUGAAGCAGCAUGAUUUGAAAGGCCUGGGCGGCAUACUGAUGGAGGAUGUGCAGGAGUCCCUGCCGCAUUGCGAGAAAGUCUUGAAAAAUCGUGCAGCAGAAAUACUUUUUAUCAUCAGACCCAUUGACAAGAAGAAAAUAUUAUUUUACAACGAUCGAACGGCCAAUUUUUCGGUGGAUGAUGAAUUCCAAAAACUCUGGCGUUCGGCCACUGUUGAUGCCAUGGACGAUGCCAAAAUCGACGAGUAUCUCGAGAAGCAAGGUAUACGUUCCAUGCAAGAUCAUGGCCUCAAGAAACCUGUUCCAAAACGCAAGAAGGCUGCCAACAAGAAGCGACAAUUCAAGAAGCCCAGAGACAACGAGCAUUUGGCUGAUGUGCUGGAAAUAUACGAGGAUAAUACCCUAACACUUAAGGGCGUUAAUCCUACAUAGAAAUUAGGUUAUAUACUAGAAGAUAAGGCCAUU